AUGAAAUACCUUGAGUUAGACUGUUUAGCAGGGGUUGCAGGUGAUCUCGGACGUAUUGAGGAGUUAAUUCCUGGAAUUUCGUUACGUUUGGAGGUUUAUUCGCUUAAAAAGACCAGAGAACAAAAGAAGAUAAGUCGAUCUGGGAAGUAUACUAGUUAUUCAGCGAUGAUUGCCGAAGCUCUUAACUUGACUUUCUUUGGAUAUGAACUAGCUGUGCAUUCUCAGGAGUUACGAUCAGUAGAUGAAGAAUCUGCUAAAUCUGUUUUGGUAAGUAAGUUGUUUACUUUGGGGAUAACUAAGAGUUAUACUGAGAUGGUGCAGUGGGUGGAUAGGGUUUUUGUAGUGAUAAGAGAGUCGGUGGGGGAGGAAAGUGCGAUUUUACGGGUGGAGAAGAGGACGGGACCUUUUGAGAAGUGUUUUUGGAGUGAGUGUUUGGCCUUUUAUGGGAAGGAUAUGAAGCGAUUGUUGAUCUUUGUAGUGCUGUAUGGAAAUCAGGCAAUCCAUUCGCCAGUGCUGUAA